UCGACUGUUAUAAUAAGGUGUUUGAAGGAGAUAGUGUCAUCUUGCAUGAAUGACCUCAUUCAAAAUAGCUUCCUCGAUCUCAAGAGGGGUGGGACACAGAGAAAGGAGUUGAGCAUCUUGCGCUGAUGACCGGGAGAAGUGAUCACCUCCGCCUUUUAAUAGUACCGCUGAAUGGCUUUUGUCCCUCUCUUGUUCUCGAGGACAAAACCCCAGACUUCGUGUCUCUGCCCUCGUUUUGCGCUCCGCCAAUCCUUCUCAAUCUGUCCUCAAGUCACCGGCGCGACAACAACUUCACUCCGCUCUCUCUCCCUCUGAGCUCUGCUCUGCUCUGUAUUUAUCUUGUCUCCUGUCCAACAAGAGCCGCCCAUUAGAGUAAGCUCACGACAUUCAUGUGGGUUUUUCUCUUCAUCUUUUCUUUUGGAUUUGAAGCUGUGGAUUUUUACUCGAGGCUCCAAGGAAGUGUUACUUCGACUAUAUCUCUCUUCGUCGGAAUAUAUACCACCAAUUAUUGAAAGCAGUUGUUUCACCUGUAGUUCAACUUCUAUAUUUUGAUUGUGCAGUGUUGAACAACUUAACACCUCAUCGCAGUAUUAUAUUAAUUAGGAUUAAAAUUUCAGAAGACUUCUUGAGGAACAUUAUCGUCCAGAGUUCAUCGACCGUUCCAGUUUUGAAAUUCGUUUUCAACAGAUCUAUUCGCAGCUCAUUAGUGACCAGUGGUGACCUGGAGAGAAACAUUAUUAUGUUAUCAGUUUGACAUUUACCUGUGCAAUUACAGAAACAUCGUCACAACUGAUUGUGAUUUUGGAUUCAAAUGAGUGGAAUUUUUCCCUGAAACAUUUCGUGUGCAUGACUUUGGAGACGCUUGUCGGCACCCGUCAGUGGUAUGGUGAUGAAGUAUCAUUACCUCCAAUACAGGCGGCGUUUGCAUGCCUCAGUUGACAUUGAUGGAAACCCCAAAGGCAUGACUCAAGCGAUCCUGGCAGAUGGUAAUGACCCCAUAUCUCCCAGCCCGGAGAAUGGUUACCAUAGCAACAGCUCCACCAUCGAGGACAGCGAUGGAGAUGACAAGGGAAGCUUCAUGGGCGACGAAGAGGACGACGACGAGGUUGAGAUGGACAAGAGUACGAGCGAUGGGGACAAGGAUGAUGGGGUAGAUGACUUGGAGCCGGAUAAAGAGUUCCACCGGAAGAAUGGAAUGCAUCACCUCCAUCCCCAUCCCCCUCCUCACCCUCAUCACCCUCAUCAAUUCAGGAAUGGAGAGAUGGGAGGAGACGGUGGUGUCAUCAACCUGGAGGAUUACAUGAACCGCAGUGAUACAGCAAUCAUCUAUCCUGAACCUGUAGAAGACAUGGACGGAGUCAAUGGCGAUACAGAUGACCCUGAUACUCCUGAAGGAAAUGACAACGAAACUGAAAUUGAGGGCGAGCUUGGAAAACCUGAAGACUGUCCUUACUGUGAUCGCUCAUAUAAGCGGCUCACCUCCCUGAAAGAGCAUAUCAAAUACCGACACGAGAAGACAUUCAACAACUUUUCUUGCCCAGAAUGCAACUACUGCUUUGCCUACAAGUCCCAGCUAGAGCGUCAUAUGGCCACGCAUAUGCCAGGGCGCAACCAAAUCUGCGACAUCUGCAAUAAGGCCUUUGUGAACAUUUACAGACUGCAGCGUCACAUGUUGACGCACACAUCUGGGAAUCGCAAGUUUAAGUGUGGGGAGUGUGGAAAGGCUUUCAAGUACAAGCAUCAUCUCAAGGAGCACUUGCGUAUUCACAGCGGAGAGAAACCUUACGAAUGUCCAACUUGCCUAAAACGCUUCUCGCAUUCUGGAUCCUACAGCUCUCACAUAAGCAGCAAAAAGUGCUCACCUGUGAAGGAACAACCUCCAGCCCUCACCAGGAUCACUGGUGUUCCUCCAGUCAAAGUAAUCAAUAGCCUUCCCUCGCCAGUUUUGCAAUCUCCUCUCAGUGACAUAGACACUAGUGAAUCUCUACCUUUAACUGAGCCAAAGAAGAGUGCCCCAGCUUACAUGACUCCUCUUCACAUCAAGAUUCCCAAUGUUGACGGUUCUGUUCAGGGUCACCCGAGCAACGAAACACUGGAGAAUGGAAGCACAUCUCCUUUAACAAGUCCUGCAAGUGAUGCUGUGAAGAAGGUUCUACAAAUUGUAGCAUCUACUGUGUGCAAGCAACAGAAGGACGGGCAGAAAACAGACAUCUCAAAACUAAAGAAAACAAAGACAACAAGUGACACAGCCCCAGUUGUCGCAAGUCCGUUUGAAAUCAGACCAUUUAAACUUGAAAAAAUGGCAGCUGUUACUCCCUUGCCAAAGGCAACACCACCACCACCAUCAUCUGAAAAGACACCUGAAAAGACACCUGAAGAAUCAGAAAAGUCCAAAACAUUCUUAAAUGGAAAUGGUGUGCAUCAAGAGAAGAAAAGUUAUAACAUUGUGGACUACACUCUAAAGAAAGUGCAUGAAGCUCAAGCUAUUAAUCGCUGUUUGGAAACACGUUUUCCUUCUCAGAUUAACCUAAAUCCAGACAGAACAGGAUGCAAGUAUUGUGGACGAGAGUUCCAUAGUCCCAUCGAUCUUCAUCAGCACGAGCGUUAUCUCUGCGACCUCAAUGAGGAUGUGCUCAAGAUGAAGCUCUUUAAUGGCAAUCCACAGCCCCAGCAAAGCAUUGGAAAUUUCACAUUAGAUCGAUAUUACGAGAUGCAGCAAGAGUUCUUGGCCCAACACAAAAACGAGAGUGAUAACCAUGAAAUAGAUGACAAGAGUGAUGAGGAGGAUGAAAACCCAAAGCAGAUGAUGAUGUCACCAAGAGAGAGUGAACAGCACCUGUCUCCAAAAGCCAGCCCCAAUUCAGGAAGUCAGCUACCCCCUAACAAUGCUGAAAGCCCUGAACCAGAGGCUAACAAGACAACUGAUAUAUCUAAGUUACUUGAGACCAUUUCCAAGGCCCAAGAACAGGCCCUGCGUGCAUUCUAUGCCAUGCAAGCUAAGCCCUCGGAGGACGGCAUCGAAAAAAUUUCAGUAGCACUCAAUUUGCCUAUGCAGCUAGUCAACAAGUGGUUCCAGCGCACACGUAAGCUCGAGGAGGAGGGGACGGAUCCAUCGCUUAAGAGCUUGAGCUUAAUGAGGCAAUCCCCAGUUGUGACAGUUGUUCCACCCACACGACGACGCAUCAAAGAACACACAGGAGCUCAAGCUAUCGAUAGCAAGGAGACUUGUGUCAAAUCCCCGGCGGAGAACUGCGAUUUGGAAACGGCUUCAGUCAGCAGCAGCAGCGCUGAGAGAGUGGGUGAUGCCGAUAGCCUCCCUCCUUCCCCAUGCAGCAGUAUUAAUUCCCUACCUAAAAGUUCCAUCAGAUACACCUUUCACAAAGAAAAAAGCAUGGAUGUCAGCCCAGCAGGUCGUGAGACUGAAUCCAGAGUACGUGAGCGAUUAGAGCCCAUGGAUAGAGAUAGUCGAUCCCCUGCGAGAUCUCUGACACCAGCCAAGGAAACAAGAGACUCUUCUCCUCUCGAUCUUUCUCUGCCAAAGAGGAAAGCAACACCUCCACCUUCUUUGAGCAGGUCUUCCAUCCCACCCAAACUGGUUUACGGCUACAACUACUCUGCACUCUAUUCUGCCGCUGCAGCCGCUGCUGCCAAUGGAUACCUUCUUCCUCCUGCAUAUGCGCCAUCUGAGCCACUCCCUUCCAGCCUCUAUGAGAACAGCAUCAAAGCCCACAAGAGCAGGACUAGCCCAAGCCCUGGCAAGACGACCACACCCUCCUCCACAGCUACCACCAACACCUCAUCAGCAUCAGAUGCGAGCAUCCUCCUCAAACGUUCCUACCCCGAGCCCCUCUAUGCUUACCUCCCCACCAUGGGUGGCUAUGCUGCCAAGAGGAUGAGGUUUGCUGAUGGAGUAGAUUACCCUGUGGCUCCUCCACCGAUGUAUGGCUCUCAUCUUCAGGUACCAGAUGUCUACAGUGCCCUGGCUAAGACAGGUUUCAUGCCCAGUACCAUGGCUCAUCUGGGCGCUGCCUAUGGACCAACCAAUCCUUUCUUGCCUGCAAUGCUCAACGGGGGUGGUCUCCAUCCAAACCAUGGAGCUGACAAUUUAUCUGACAUUGCAUCGGAAGACUCGCUGAGCGACAUCGGCAUCGGACCUGGAAGACGGAGGAGAUCGGACAAGCCAUCCAGGACCUCCUCAGGACAGUACGCAUGUUCGCAGUGCCCCAAGACCUUCCAGAAACACAGUUCAUUGCUUCGACAUGUCUACGAGCACUCAGGCAAGCGCCCUCACCAGUGCAAGGAAUGCGGCAAAGCUUUCAAGCACAAGCAUCACCUGAUGGAGCACUCUCGCCUCCACUCCGGAGAGAAACCCUACCAGUGUGACCGAUGCCUCAAGAAGUUCUCACACUCAGGCUCUUACAGUCAGCAUAUGAAUCAUCGCUACAGCUACUGCAGGCGUGACGCCAUGGGCGCCGCCGGUGGACCUCACCUGGAUGGUCCGGAGAAGGAGAUGCUGGGCGAUAGCAAGGAACCGAUGAUGAUGGAUCAUCACCACCAGGGUGGCGGAGACGAGAUGGAGAUUGGAUUGGAGAGUACAGGUGCUAUGAUUAGGAGGAUGGAAGAGAAGCAGAUCGCUGGGGUCUAAGAUGAAACUCGAAAGGCAUCGAAGAAGAUUUGCGGUGAUGAUUGAUAAUGAUCCAGAGGGAUCCAAGUAUUCUUUCAAUUUAAAAGGAUUCAGGGGUGUCAUUCUAAUGGUUUGUGGAAUGUUUGAACUUGAAGGUACUUCAGAUUGUAUGUUAUUGAUUUAUAUUCAUUAACAUUUGUGUUAUGGUGAAGUUGUCUGAAAACCUCAUUGGAACUUGAUGGAGUUAUGAUAGUUAUGCUUGUUUGCACCUGUUCCCAAAUUGACAUAUUGGCGAGAAAAAAAA